AUGAGGUCCUUCGCUCCCCUAGUACUGAGCCUUCUCGGCGCUACCGCGGCAGUCCACGCCGCUGAGCCCGAGGUUGCCGAUGCUGAUGCCAAUGUUGUUACAUUGACAACUGAUACCUUCAAUGACUUUGUCAAGGAGCACCCCCUGGUCCUUGCUGAGUUCUACGCACCCUGGUGCGGUCACUGCAAGGCACUUGCCCCCAAGUACGAGGAAGCUGCUACCGAGCUGAAGGCCAAGGAUAUCCCUGUGGCCAAGGUUGACUGCACCGUUGAGGAGGAGCUCUGCCGCACCUACGAGGUUGAUGGCUACCCUACCCUCAAGGUCUUCCGUGGCCCCGACUCUCACAAGCCUUACGCUGGAGCCCGUAAGACCGACGCAAUUGUCUCAUACAUGACCAAGCAGUCAAUGCCUGCCGUCUCUACCGUCACCGAGGAGAACCUCGAAGAAUUCAAGGCUCUGGACAAGAUCGUUGUCAUUGGCUACGUUGCCUCCGACGACAAGACCUCCCACGACAGCUUCGCCUCUUUCGCCGAAACCCAGCGUGACAACUUCCUUUUCGGAUCUUCCGACGACGCUUCUCUGGCUAAGGCUGAAGGCGUCAAGCAGCCCUCCAUCGUCCUCUACAAGGACUUUGACGAGAAGAAGGCCGUCUACGACGGCAAGCUCGAGGAUGAGGCCAUCCUCAACUGGGUCAAGACUGCCAGCACCCCUCUGGUUGGCGAGCUCGGUCCCGAGACUUACUCCAAGUACAUGGCCGCCGGUAUUCCCCUAGCUUACAUCUUCGCCGAGACCGCCGAAGAGCGUGAGCAGUUCGCCGCUGACUUCCGUCCCAUCGCUGAGAAGCACCGUGGAGACAUCAACAUUGUCACCCUUGACGCUAAGCUCUUCGGUGCCCACGCCGGCAACCUCAACCUUGAGCCCGAGAACUUCCCCGCUUUCGCCAUCCAGGAUGUCACCAAGAACGCCAAGUACCCCUACGAGCAGACCAAGAAGAUCGAUGCCAAGGAGAUUGGCAAGUUCAUCAAGAACGUCCUCGAGGGCAAGGUCGAGGCCAGCGUCAAGUCCGAGCCCAUUCCUGAGACCCAGGAGGGUGUCACUGUCAUUGUUGGCCGUAGCUUCCAGGACGUUGUCAUUGACAACGAGAAGGAUGUCCUGGUUGAGUACUACGCCCCUUGGUGUGGACACUGCAAGUCUCUCGCUCCCAAGUACGAGGAACUUGCUGUUCUCUACGCCAGCGCCGAGCUGAGCGAGAAGGUCACCGUUGCCAAGAUUGACGCCACCGCCAACGAUGUGCCCGACUCUAUCACUGGCUUCCCCACCAUCAAGAUCUACCCCGCUGGUGCCAAGGACUCUCCCAUUGAGUAUGCUGGUGACCGCACCGUUGAGGAUCUUGUCACUUUCAUCAAGGAGAACGGCAAGCACCAAGUUGAUGGUCUUGCCGAUGGCGCCAAGGCCGAGGAGGCUGACGCUACCUCUUCCGCUGCUCCCAAGGCCACUGAGGCCGUUGAGGAGGAGGGCCAUGACGAGCUGUAA